CAUCAGGUUGACCAAUCCGUUCCAUUAAAGCAAAAGGAGUAUGAUCUUUAUUAUUGCUAACUAGUUGAGUACCCCGAAUAUGUGUUACUUGUUCAAAACCAGCAGUACUUUGUCCAUAACAAAUACUAACAGAAAAAACAUAUCUAAUAAAAUUAAUUAUUUCAUCAAGAGUUCUUUUCAUUUCUUUGGUUGGAAAAGGAAGAUAUUUUUCUUUUACUAUUUGAUCAAAUAUAUAAACUUCAUAUCUAUAUAAACCACUCUUAGUUAGAAUCAAUAGCUUUUUUUCUGAUUUUUC